ACUGGAGAGUGUAACCUACAGCUAUCUAGUGUAACAGCUAGCUAGCUAGCUCCAGUUCUAAGUUUUGGGAUGGAUCUGUUGGAGCCCCUCACGCCGAUGAAUGAUCAUGCUGCUUCUCCUCCUUCAGAGCCCAAAGCCAAGAACUGCGAUCUGUCCCCCGCUAUGAGAGCCAAGAUCGAACGGAACAGACAGCGGGCUGUGAUGCUGAGGCAAGCCCGACUGGCCAACAGACCAUCGGCUGGAGAGGGGGGAACCUCGGCUAAAGUCGCCAAGACAGUCGACUCUGGUGGAGGGUUCUUCAUUGAAGAAGAAGUGGAGACGCAAAGGAAAGUGGUGCAUCAACCAGCCCCUGUGAUAAAGGCAGACUAUCUGGUGUGUGAUCACUGUGACAAGUCGUUUAUGGAUUCCUACCUUAGCAACGGCUUCGAUCUGGCAGUCUGUGACAACUGCAGAGACUACGAGGUUAAACACAAGCUGAUAUCCCGUACGGAGGCUAAGCAGCUCUACCUACUGAAGGACUGUGACCUGGACCAGAGGGAGCCAGUGCUGAGGUUUGUCCUGAGGAAGAACCCACUCAACCCUCACUGGGGAGACAUCAAACUCUACCUCAGGCUGCAGGUGGAGAAGCGCUCCUUAGAGGUGUGGGGCUCUGAGGAGGCCCUGGAGGAGGCCAAGGAAGCAAGAGAGGAGAACAGGGAGGUGCAGAAGCAGAAGCGCUUCAACAAAAUAGUCAAAGAGCUGCGUUGUGCGGUGAGGAGAAGCAUGUGGACCAAGGGAACCAGUGCUCACCAGCACGAGUACGGCCCUGAGGAACUAGUGGAUGAAGAGGAGGAUCUCUACAGGAAGGUCUGUAACACCUGUGGACACGAACUGACCUAUGAGAAGAUGUAGCCUAGUGUCCUUUAAACCUUAUCCCGGGGGCCCACAAGGGGGUUAUUUUUUAGUGGACCGCUGGUAGACGCCAGACGCGUAAACUGACAUUCAAAUGACUGUUACCUUGUACUUGACACAUGCCUUGAAGCAAGGAGGCCUACCUGAAAUCUUGUCUCAGCACAUGCCAUACACAAUGCAGACAUACAUCAAUAUUUAUCUCUUACAAUAUGUUGUGCUCAGAAGCUGACGAUAGCUGUUAUACGAUAAAAUAUGAACUGUUAAGCAUAUUAACUUCCCUUUUCUAUAGACCAUUUGUAAAAUCAUGUAAUAUGUCAAAGGAUUUGCAUGUCUGAAAUUACUUUUGAAAUUGUAAUAAAAUGCAUAUUUUUCC